AUGUUAUCGAUUAGUUGGCUGGCACUGCAAAGUAUAAAAAUAAGACAUCCAAUUAUAUUGGGAACCUCGAUUCGUUCAAUAUCAUAUGGUCGUAUAAUAUAUCAAAACUCAAAGAAGACAUUUAUUCGUUCUCCAGCUCAACCUGUUUAUUCUUCUUCACAGAAAUCAAAGAAACCAAAGACGAAAGAAGAUCUCGCUAGAGAACGAUUUGAAACUCAAAUAAAUUCUAAGAAUUGGUUCGUUAGAUGGGGUGCUAAAUUGAGAUCGGAUGAGUUUAGUAAGGGGAUGACAAAAUAUAUGAUUGGUGCAUAUAUCAUUUUUUUAAUAUAUGGUUACUAUUUUAUGAAAAAAUUAUAUAUUAAAGAAAAUGAAUUGAAAGACUUGAUUAAGAAGCAAGAUGAGGGCAAAACAAAUGAAUACGAAAAUAUAAGAAUUAAAGAAUUGAAUGGUAAAAUGAGAACAAGAGAUAAAUUAAAAUUAGAUCAGUAUGAAGAGAUGAAAAAGUCUGGUAUUGAAAAUUUUGAUGGUUAUGAAUUAGAAAUCACUGAUCAAAAUAAAUUAAAUAAAGCCAUCUUACCUGCUCACGAUACUACUCCUUUUUAUGAUUCAAAAGCUGAAGAUUAUGAUAACGAUAUUAAUAUGGAAGAACGUGUCAUUGGUAUGGGUAGAAGACGUAAAUGGUUGAUGAAACAUUGUAAAGGUGAUGUUCUGGAGGUUUCAUGUGGUACUGGUAGAAAUAUUAAAUAUUUAGACCCUGAACAUAUUAACUCAAUUACAUUUUUGGAUUCUUCAGAACCAAUGAUGGAAGUUUCUCAUAAAAAAUUUAGAGAUAAAUUUCCAACUUAUAAGAAAGCUGCCUUUGUGGUUGGUAGAGCUGAAGAUUUAAAUAAAUUAGCAAAACAAACAGAUAAGGAUGGUAAUAAAAAGGACGUUAAAUAUGAUACUGUUAUAGAGACAUUUGGCUUAUGUUCUCAUGAGGAUCCCGUAAGUGCUCUUAACAAUUUUGCAAAUUUAUUAAAACCUGAAGGUAGAAUUGUCUUAUUGGAGCAUGGUAGAGGUGAUUACGAUAUUAUUAAUAAGAUUCUUGACAAGAGAGCAAAGAGACGUUUAGAUACUUGGGGUUGCAGAUGGAAUUUGGAUAUUGGUGAAAUUUUGGAUGAUUCCGGUUUAGAAAUUGUCGAUGAAAAAACGUAUCAUCUGGGAACCACUUGGUGUAUUGUCGCAAAGAAGAAAGGUGAUAUUAAGAGGAAAGAUGAAAUUGGAUUCUUUGAGAAGUACGUUGGAUCGAGUAUUAAACAGAGAAUAGAUUCCUUUGAAGAAGUUGAUAACACGAUCGAUUCAUCUUCAAGAGUUCAAAAGAAUCCGUCUGAUACUGAAAUAGAUAGUAAAUAG